UUUAGUGUUGCUGACUGACGCUUAUUAAGCAGACCCUUUUACCAACCAGUGCGUAAACCCAAGUCUAAGUUGUUUUUAACCGGUGAAGUAAGUAACAGUCCUUUGAGAAAAAUCUUGCCGCCUUUGUGAAGAUGAAUCAUGCAUAGGUCUACAGUUCAUCGCUAUGGGUUUCUAGUUGCUGUAACUUUGUGAGCAGUGCCACACGGACUUUGUACUUUCCUGCACGAGUAUCUACUCGCACCAGAAUUAUGUAACUACACAGAGCGGUUUUCUAUGUAAGCAUGUCUUUGACUUGUCAUUGUCGAAUAACUUAGUCUAGGUAAAUGUGGACACUUUGAGAUCUCAGCUGAUGUGUUUGUCCACCAUGGUUGGGACUUUCCCGCUUCUGUCAGUGCAGCCAACGCGGGGGCUCGUGGAUGAGAAGAUCCAGGUAGUUGUGAGGAAUUUACCUCCAGCGCUCUCGGUGACACUGCAUUCCCUUCAUCACUCUGAGGAUAAUGACUUUUGGGAGUCAUUCGGCCAUUACACCAGCGACGGCCAAGGCAUGGUGACAGUUGCUAAGGAUGCCAGUCUUGGAGGAACAUAUGAAGGAGCAGAGCCCAUGGGUCUACUGUGGAGCAUGCAGCCUGUUCCAGGCAGUCGGACAGGCCUCAGGUUGAGAAAGAUGGAUGUCCUCACUCCUAUGGUGGUACACAUCUCUGUGUACAGUGGGCACAUGACUGAGGGCUUCAGCAAGCAGUCUCCUCUAGCGACCGUUGUCACAGAACGAUGGUACAUGGCACCGGGUGUGUGCAGAAUUGACAUCAGGGAACAUGGAGUCCGAGGGACCCUCUUUUUACCCCCAGGUCCUGGACCCUUCCCUGGGGUGUUGGAUAUGUGGGGAGGGGGUGGGGGGCUGGUGGAGUACCGCUCUGGCCUCCUGGCGUCACACGGUUUUGUUUCCAUGGCGCUAGAGUACCUUUCCCAUGACAAGAACAGAACCUCAGACAUCGAAUCAAAAACCUACUUUGAGAAAGCGUUCAGGAUUGUGCAGGAGCACCCCCUGGUGAUGAAGGACAGAGUUGCUCUGUUUGGUCUCUCCUUAGGCGUGUCUAUCGCCCUCAACUUGGCAGCCUACUCCAAAGACAUCAGCCCCAAAUGCUUUGUGUGUAUCAGUGGGAGUCACGUCAACCCUGUCAACCCUGUCAACAAGGUUAUCGGCGAGGUGUUUAGAAAGAUGAACAAGGAUGGGCAUAAGAUCCGAUUUGAUGAAGAGGGCCGUGUGGUCUGGAGAGACGUCAUUCUGCCCAUCCCAACCGACCUUGGAGAGAAAGUGGAUAUGGGGAGGAUAAAGUGUCCAUUGAUGUUGGUCGUCGGGGAGGAUGAUCAGAACUGGGCCACAGUGGAGUCUGCUAAGGACAUGACCCAGAUGAUGCGUGCAGCGGGUAACGAGCACCUGCUGACCAUUCUACAAUACCCUGAUGCUGGACACCUCAUUGAGCCGCCCUACACACCCCACUUCAGAGCCAGCAACUUCAUAAUGCAGCAAACACGACAGAAAGUGAUCAUGUUAUGGGGAGGGUACACCAAGCCGCAUGCCGAUGCUCAGGAAGACUGUUGGGAGAAGAUCCUUAGCUUCCUACGGCAACACCUCUACCCCAGCCCUGACUCUGUGCCUAAGGCCAAGCUGUGAUGUCACAACCAAAGAGCAUGAAGGACCUAGUAUGAUUGACUAAGCUAUAACUUAAAAUAUAAAGUGUUAAUGUAUUUUUUAAUUUAAGUCUAAUUAUUUUAGUGGGUGGGAGGGUUCUUCUAAGCUAAUAAUUAUACAUAACAUCAUUAUUUUUGCGAGACAGGAUUCUCGAUACCACUCUAACGACCAAGUGAAGAAUCGUAUAGUGUGUGACCCCUGUCUUGCCAUGUCAUUUAGUGAGCGCACCACUGCGUUGUCAAGACUUAAAAACGUCAGGAAAGACAGUCGUUUAAUGUGACAGGCUCAGCGAUAGGAUUUGGAAAUUUGUGUGGUGUACACUUGGUUUUAGCUAUUCUUUUUUUUAUUACUUAAAAUAUUGAAUUUGGUCUUUAGAAACACACUGAAUAUAACACAUUCAUAAAUGGCAAAAAAAAGACAUUCCUUAUGAUAUAUUUUUGGACUAAGAUUUUUUUUGUGAGAAGACCAAUUUUUUUUUUUGAUGUCUCUGUCUGACAAACACCACUGUAGCUCAGUCACCUUCCACCUCAGAUGUGGAAUGUCGACAUAGGCGGAUGGGGUGGAUUGAGAGACAGCCCAAGAUAAAAAAUAAAAAACAGAUGUAUCUUAAACUGACAGUAUUUUGGGUGCAUCAAUAUACUCUUAAGGAUGAAUAUUUAUGAAAUGAGUGAGAGUCAUCAGAUCCAGUGGACACAGCUGUACAACAUAACUCGAGGGCUGAUGAGGAGUGUCCACAAUAGUGGGUCAGAGUCUCUCAUUCACUGAACUGUAUGAGUUUCAACCUGCCAAUAGUGUUAACACCUGUGCCUGAAACCUAACUGCCAUAGUACACAGAUGAUUGAUUCUAUUUUUUGAUUCAUGAGGAAAUGUAUUGUCUAUGAUGAUUAUAAUAAAUCGGAGGAGGAUGAACAAUA